CAGCCCGAGCAGGCAUUCAUCCAGGCUGUCCUCCGCGGCGGACCGGCGGCUGGACGCUCAACUUCCCAUAUGCGACGCUCGCUGACGAUGGGAGACAAAACCAGUAAAAGACCGGUCGGCGCCCGGAGGACGUAAACACUGCCAUGCCCUGCUUCCUGCGUCACACCCCGGCUACGAGGGCGAGACCGCCUCCUCCAUAGCGAAGGUGAAUGUUUGUGAGCCGAAGUUGUGUUCCGGACUAGCUGCGUGUUGAGCGGCCAUGAUGCAGGCAGCAUCCCGCGACCUCUUCCCCACUUGAGCGAGAAGUUCUCCCGUGUGCGUUCGUCGUGUUACAGUCUAGUGUAAUUGGGGACACGGCGUCCAGAUGUGAUGUCACCUGCAGGCACUGAUGGAAACGCUCGUGCCUGACUGAGUGCCACAGCUGGGUGAUAUCAGGCUUGUUGUUACCACGCAGCUGCCAUGGGGGGCAAACAGACCAAGGCCCAGGAGGCGGGGGGAGCCAGUCCGCAGCACAGCUGGAGAAGGACCCCCAGUAAGGAGCGAGGGGACCUGUUUGCCUCCCUCAUGCUGAAGUCGGGGGACAGGCUAAGCCGUGGCGGUACCCCGCCGCCUUACCAGCGCCGUAUCGGAAUGAUCCAGGAGAUGAUGCUGAUGGCCAAGCAGGGCAAGCAUGAUGAAGCCACGGAGAUGCUGAAGACCCUCAGACAGGAGAGAGAAUCUUUGGGGGCGAUGGAAAAAGUCUGCCGUCAGCUUACAUACCAUCUCAGCCCCCACUCUCAGUGGAGGAGACAAGGGCUGCUCAAGAGGAAGCCUCUAGCCUGUCUAAAGGCAGUGUUGUCCACCCCUCCGUCCAGCGGGGCGUUGGAUCUGUCUGGUAUCCCUCUGGCUGCUCGUGACAUGGAGCGUCUAUGUGCACAUUUACAACACCAUUCUUCCACCGUGGUCAGCUUGGAGCUGGGGUUCACCGAGCUGACCGAUGAGGCCUUCCUCCUCCUCCUGCCCACUCUCGCCGCCCUGCCUCGGCUGGAGACGCUGGCACUGAAUGGAAAUAGGCUGACCAGGACUAUUCUCAAGGAGCUAACUGAUGCCCUAAAGGACCCAAACAGUUUCCCAAGUGUUACAUGGAUUGACCUGGGCAACAAUGUGGACAUCUUCUCCCUGCCACAGCCGUUCCUGGUCAGCCUGAGGAAGCGUUGCCCUAAACAGGGAAAUCUUCCCACCAUCCUGGAGUUUGGAGAGAGUCAGGCCAGUGAUCCUCCCGAGAAGCUGAGAGGGAUGGGGGAAGACGAGGAGACUGACGACACCAACAUGACUGAGAGCAUGGCUGACCUGCCGUCGGAGGUGGAAGAGGAGCUGGACGGCGAGCUGGAGAUAGAGGAGAUGAUGGAGGAGCUGCGGGACUUUGACCGGGAGGUGCGAGGCAAGGAGGACGAAGACGAGAGCAUGUGGACCGUAGAGGAGCAGAGGAAAGGGAGGAGCAGGACAGAGAAGGAAGACGUGCAGAAGAGUGAGAGGACGGACCAAAAGGCAGUGAUGGCAGUCGAUGAGGACGACACACAAAGCCGCUCCUCUCAGUUGUCUUACUCCAGCCAAUCACAAAACUCCUCCGCUGCUGCUGAGCCAAUGAGAGCACAGGAGGAGGGCUUUGAUAAUAGGACUGACAAAACACAGCACUUGACCUGAGUGCUGCUCAUUUUGCCUCUCUGCUUGAAUUAUUUCUCCUCCUGUACUGAGGCAAGACUUCAACCAGUCGUAUUCAGCCAGCCGAACCAAGGCGACUAACUAUUGGUGAAUCAAAGGAUGGCCGUGCUGGUGCAUAAAGAAACAACAUAAUGAUGCUCUUUGGUUUGGUAAGAAGCCUCUAAUAAUGGCUGCGCAGUGGAACCCGCUUAAGUCGUUCACCUUUAUGUCGACAAACCCGUCCAUGUGGAACGGCUCUGAAGGAGAAAGUGCCAGCUAAAACUGACGUCACUGCUGUCCAGUGACACGUCAUUAAAACGAGCAUGCUGGCUUCCUGUUAAGUGCAAAGUAAGUUUCAAAGUAAAAGGAUGGCAAUGUUAGCAUGGAUUGUAACAAAAUGCAGCAUUUAAUUAUAUUUUGCUGAAGACUUUACGCAUGUAUAAAAGCUUUAUAAAUGAAAUUUCAGCAGCAGCUCUGUUGGAUAAGAUUAAAAAAUAUUAUAUGAAAACAGAAGAUUUAAAAUAAUGAUGAAAACCAUCUCAACAUACUUCUAUAGGUCAAAAAGCCUUUUUGUAUCGCUCAUUCGCAUUAUCCUUGCAAUUAUCCAAGCAGUGCCUCGUCUUGGUUUCAAUUUUGGUUAUGUCGACAGCCACUUAUGUCAGCGUCAGUCAGUCCGAGAGGCAUCGACAUGAACGGGUUCCACUAUAAGACCUUCUGGUGCCUGUAACAUGUGCCAAUAAUGGUUAGGACUGUGGGUCUGUAAAAAACAGAAUAUGAGCAUCAAAUAUAAACGCAAGCUCUUUAAAAAUGCCUUAGCCAUAGGAGGAAUGUUUAAAUUGCCUCCCGCGUUAAUCAGAUGCAUUGGAAGAGGCAGAAAGUAAUGUCAAUAGAUUAAUGAGCACUAGCUAAUUAGUACAUGUAAUGAAAGGGUUGCACUAAAGUGAGUCUCAAUAGGAAAUGAAGCAUAAUGGAUAAAAAAAAUUAAAGUAAAUGAUACAUUUUCAAGGAUAUAAAUCUUAACAAAAUAAAUGUGCAGGAUAGACUAUGAAAUUCUAAACUAGUUGAAUUUGCAUAAUUCGGGCCUGAUCUACUAAAGGUUUGCAUGUAUUAUUUAUAUAUACACAAAAUAGCGAGCGCAAUCAAUAUUGUGUUUUUGUCUUCAUGUAUAUGCAGAAUAUAUGCAGAUUAUUAUAACAUGCUAAAUACUAGGAAUUAUCAAACCUAAAAGUGUUUUAUUUAUUUAUAUUUAACAUGUUUGGAAGGUAUGUGCAAACUGGCACAGUUGUGCACAAAUGGCUGCCAUCAUUGUAGUGACAAAGGAGGCGAUUUGUGGCAGACGAUCCUACGUGAGAGUGUCAGCCUAUUAGGACUGAAAUAGAACAAUAACAAUAUCGUAUAGCCAACAAUUCCAAUUUGAGCUACUGGAUGACUUAUGGAAAAACAACCCAGUGUUUUCUUGCGUCUGCACAAUCUCAUUUAAUGCCGGUGUUCUUGCGAGACAUGCUCCCUAUUGGAAAUAAUGCCCUCACUGCGUCUGCGCAUGCAUACGAAUCAAAGAAAUGUAGAAAAAAUGAAAGACUCUUUUUUUAUGUUAGUACAAUUACAUUAAAUAAAACAACAUUUUUUGUAUUUUGUCAAUUAAUGUGCUGUAAAUGUUUCACACUACAAACAAUCAAAUGUAUGAUUUAUAGGUUGUUUUUUUUCUGGGAAACCGAAAGCUCUCCCAGCAUGCCUUGUGGCACUUGAUGUUCGACAUCUUCACAUGAAUCCAUAACCUAAUAAAUUGUACAUUCAAUUGUUUAACUGUUUGUAGUGUAAAACAUGUAUAUUAAAUGACAACAUACAAAAAUAUAGCAUUAUUUAAAUAGGGCAUUCUGUAUGGAAGUAUUAUUGUAGAAAAACAAUUUGCAAGUGUGUAUCUCAAUCUCUGUGUGUGUCAUCAUUAGAGGUGUCAAUCUUUGGGCCCCUUACGAUUUGAUCCGAUUACUGGGGUGAAGAUUCGAUUCACAAUCGAUUCUCGAAAUGUAUUAUUUGGUAAGAUAACUAUAAUAAAAUAUUUUGUAAAACAGGUUACAGAUUAGAAAAGCUUCUUUUGGUUGCAUGGAGAUGGCCUAAAACGUAUUUUUUAAAUAAAUUAUUGUAAAAUAUAUUGAUUUUGAAAAUUAUUAAUCAAUUUAGAACCAGCAUGAAUAAGACUCACGAUUAAGAUGUGAAUUUAUUUAUCCGUGUUCUAAUACGUCUGUGUUUAGAUUUGCGUCUGUGUUGUGAUUUGUGUGUGUGUGUAAAAAAAUAUCCGUUUGUACAGAUUGCUGCACGCACACACAAGGGUAGCAAGUCACAUGCAAAAGUCAUGUGUAAAAAGACAGCUACUUACGGGUUUCUGUUUCAUACAGAAUUGAACAAAGACACAUUUUGAAUUUUUUUUUUUUUUUCACGCACACAAAUCCAAACACACAAAUCGCAACACAGACGCACAGAGUUUUUUUUACACACAUACUGUAAAUCGAAACACAGACACACAAAUUAGAGCACGGACACGCAAAUCUGAUUAUACACACAAUAUUGCUACAAUAAUAUUUCCAUAGAUCAUGCUAUUUAGCAUUUGUUAUUUUGGAUCUUAGUAGAUCAGGCCCUCCCUGUUUAACAUGGGACGCUAUCCCACUCACACAGUGUUGAUGCGUACAAUUGCCUUAAUAUUCUGGCCUAUGUCGUUUGCAGAAGCAUUUAUUAUACAACGUCAUUUUCCAUAGUUUGGUUAAUAUAUUUGGGUAGGAUAAAUACAGUUUAAUUUGAUUUAGUGGCACAAAUAUUUCAUGCCCUACCAACCAGAAAUGUUGACCCUCACAAACACAUUAGCCCUGUUCCCUCAGCAAGAAGCUUGUUGAGAAAGAAACCCUAAAUUACAAAUGAGGAGCUGGUUAAUGAUGUCAAGGGAGUUGGGAGCACACUCAACAGGAAAAGCAUUAGUAACACUUUGCUGUAAUGGAUUGAGAGAUCCUGCUAAUGCCCGCAAGGUCCCCAUGCUCAUGGAGACACAAGUACAGGUCCAUGUGAAGUAUGCCAAUGAAGACCUGAAUGAUUUGGACAAAGCUUUGGAGAGCCAAAAUUGGCAUUUUUGAAAAAAUACUGAAUAUGACCCUAAGUACACCAUCCUGGCUCUUAACCAUGGAGGUGUGAAACAUUCUGCUUCUGGACUGACAAACAGAGUCUUCGAUGGUAACUUCCUCGCCUAAGUCAGAACAACUUAAGCUGCGUUGUGCAGGGUCUCCAAGCAUGACGAUGACCCAAAAUUAGGUCUUUUAAAGUUGCGACGCGCCAGAGCACCGGAGGGGACGCGCAGCAUUGGCGGGUAGAAUAUGACAGAAACCUGUCGUUAUGCCUGAAGCCCACCACAUGGCGAAAAAGACAAGUAGAUGACUUUGGGGCACAAUGUUACACUUUGAAAACCCUUGAUCUGAAACAUAUGGCCAAAUAAACAAAGGACUGUUUCAAGAAGAAGCAUUUUAAGAUCUGACAGUGGCCAAGACAGUUUCCGGAUGUUGCUUAAACCUGAAGCAAAAGCCUUUAAUUCUUAAGUAUUUUCAGAGAAUCUGUAAAAUAGGGGUGGACCCAAAUCCCUCCUGAGAUGUGUGCAACCCUGGUGACCAAGAAGCCACAGUGCUUGCCAACAAGGGUUCCUCCACCAAAUAUUGCUUUCGGAUCAAAAACCUAUGUCCUUCAAUCAAAUCCAAAAUAAUAUAUAUCCCCUUUAACCCCUUUCCUCUUGUUUGGAAGUCAACCAAUGCCUUUAAAGAACCCUUUUCUGUGCAUUCUAGACAGUAAAAAUAUGCUAGCACAAAGCAGCUAACAAUGGAGGUAAUGGGGAAUCAACUAUUCUGCCUAUAGAGCACUCUAAAAUACUUCCAACAUCAUUGUAUAUAUAUAUGCUGUAACAAUAAAGUAGCUGACACAAUCAUGAUAGCAAGUGAUAUUUACAGUACUGGGGUCUUCUUCAAGGGUCACCUGACCACUGUUCAGAUUCAGGUAACGAUUCCAUCUAAUAUACCAAAAAUAUUGUCUGAUUACAAGAACAUUUGAAAGAGUAUAUGACUAAGAAGACAUAAUGAACCUCUAUUUUAACAACUUCUUUCCUUGGUAUAGUUACUAACGCUACUUCCGUCAACAAACUCUGAAACAGUGUACAAAAACAUCCCAAACAUCCAUGUACAUGCCGUGACCUGCAUCUUGACCAAGCUAGAGCCACAUUGUUGUUGUAUUGCCAUUGUAUUGUUGUAUAGAUUGUGAUUGAGAUAAGACCGAGGCACUACUUUUCUGGCGUAGCGCUUCAGGCUACUAUCGACAGCCAAGAGGUAAUAUCAGCUACUGGAUUUGCAGCUGCUGAAUCGACUUCAGUUUGGAAAAGUUUGAAACUUGGAAAUUCCACACGCGACAGGCAAAAAAUCCAGACUAACUGAGCAGUGGAUACUGGCUCUAAACUUACACCCGCUAGAAUCGUUAAAGGCCUACUGAAAUUAAAUUUUCUUAUCUAAACAGGGAUAGCAGGUCCAUUCUAUGUGUCAUACUUGAUCAUUUUGCGAUAUUGCCAUAUUUUUGCUGAAAGGAUUUAGUAGAGAACAUCGACGAUAAAGUUCGCAACUUUUGGUCGCUGAUAAAAAAAAAAGCCUUGCCUGUACCGGAAGUAGCGUGACGUCACAUGUUGAAGAGCUCCUCACAUCUGCACAUUGUUUACAUCAGCAGCGAGAGCGAUUCGGACCGAGAAAGCGACGAUUACCCCAUUAAUUUGAGCGAGGAUGAAAGCUUCGUGGAUGAGGAAAGUGAGAGUGAAGGAUUAGAGUGCAGUGCAGGACGCCAGGGUGUAUCUUUUUUCGCUCUGACCGUAACUUAGGUACAAGGGCUUAUUGGAUUCCACACUUUCUCCUUUUUCUAUUGUGGAUCACGGAUUUGUAUUUUAAACCACCUCGGAUACUAUAUCCUCUUGAAAAUGAGAGUCGAGAACGCGAAAUGGACAUUCACAGUGACUUUUAUCUCCACGACAAUACAUCGGUGAAGCACUUUAGCUUCGGAGCUAACGUGAUAGCAUAGUACUUAACUGCGGAUAGAAACAGAAGAAACAUGCCCCUGACUGGAAGGAUAGACAGAAGAUCAACAAUACUACUAUUACUUCUACUAUCAGGAGACACCGAACCAAACCCUGGACCUGUAACCACACGGUUAAUGCUGUCCCACCUGGCGAAGCCUAGCAAUGCUGUUGCUAACGACGCCAUUGAAGCUAACUUAGCUACGGGACCUCGACAGAGCUAUGCUAAAAACAUUAGCUCUCCACCUACGCCAGCCCUCAUCUGCUCAUCACGACCCGUGCUCACCUGCGUUCCAGCGAUCGACGGCGCGACGAAGGACUUUACCUGAUCAUCGGUGCGGUCGGCGGCUAGCGUCGGAUAGCGCGUCUGCUAUCCAACUCAAAGUCCUCCUGGUUGUGUUGCUGUAGCCAGCCGCUAAUACACCGAUCCCACCUGCAGCUUUCUUCUUUGCUGUCUCCAUUGUUCAUUAAACAAAUUGGAAAAGAUUCACCAACACAGAUGUCCAGAUUACUGUGGAAUUUUUCUAUGAAAACAGACGCUGUUUGUAUUGGGAUACAAUGGUGUCCCAAUACUUCCGUUCAAUCCGUGACGUCACGCGCAAACGUCAUCAUACCGAGACGUUUUCAGCCGGAUAUUUCCCGGGAAAUUUAAAAUUGCACUUUAUAAGUUAACCCGCCCGUAUUGGCAUGUGUUGCAAUGUUAAGAUAUCACCAUUGAUAUAUAAACUAUCAGACUGCGUGGUCGGUAGUAGUGGAUUUCAGUAGACCUUUUAGAAAAGGCAGCAAGAUGCUUGCUAUUUUUUUUUGCUCCCAGCAUUCACAUUUUAUCUGAGAAGUGAGGAUUAUGCUGAAUUUCCCAGUACGGUGCUGAGAGAUACAACCAUUUCAUCAGUUGGCAUCCCAGUGAGAGCGGACAUUAUAAGUAGCUGAUUUGUGAUGCUGUUAUUUUCUUGAUGAAACGGUUAGACCUUGGCAAUAGUACUUCAUGAUGAGUUAGUGUUCCCCUGCAGAUGGAUCUGCUCAGCACCACGCUUCCUACGUAUAUUCAAUCUUAAAGAGAUAAUGGAUCAUCACUUGUCCCCAAGUAGUCAUUGUUGUUUCUCGAAGUCUGCCAUGAUUAGUGACAGCAAACACGGAACGCACUCUCUAGGCCAAGGGUGUCAAACGUACGGCCCACAAACAGAUUUUAUCCGGCCCGCAGGAUGAGUUUGCUAGUUUGAGUAUAAAAAUUAGCCGAAAUUUUUGAAUAAAAGAAACUGCCGUUCUACAUGUGUCCACUAGAUGUCGCAAUAGCAAUUCUUUGGAUCUUCGUAGAUUAUGCUGCAUAUGUAAAAAAAAUUAAAAUAAACCACAUACUAUCCUGUAAUUUGAUUUUGAUAUAUUUGUUUUAUCUUGAUAGAUUGAAAAUUAACACCAACGAGUUGACUGAUGCACAUUAUCACAUAAUUUAUUCAGAAAGUAUAAAUAAUGACAAAUAAAGACAGAAUACUAUUAACCGCAACUUGUAAGUGUAAAAAAAAAACAACCCAACAACAUUAUGAUUUGUACAUUUUCAGAAUGUGCUUGUUCUAUUUUUAACCAAAGAAAACAAUCUGAAGUUGUCUUUAUUUUUAAGUUAUCGUGCCGUGAUUUUACCAAUCCGGCCCACUUGGGAGUAGAUUUUUCUCCAUGUGGCCCCUGAUCUACAAACUCCGUUUCCAUAUGAGUUGGGAAAUUGUGUUAAAUGUAAAUAUA